AUGAAGCGACUCCGACACUGCCGAGCGGCGUGCCUCGGAACCCCUGAACGCCGACACGGAAAGGGAGGCCGAAGGAGAGUGCCUUCUCUCUCGUCUUUCCUCGGUUCGCUUUUCUCUCUGCUCCUCUUGGUCAGUGUCCACGUACCAGUUCCGGCUUCUUGCGACACACCCUCAGUCAGUGAACUGGACGCCGUAACAGUCGAAGAAGCUGAGGAACCGACAGUGGAGCCGCGGCGCCUCUACGUUCCGCGACCGUCGAAUCCGGACUACGGCCGAGAAGCUCCUAAGAUCGCCGGGGCUCCCCUCAUCCUUGCCGACGACUGGCCGUACAUUUUCGACGGCGUCGCUCCCGAGGCAGCUUCGCCUGCCUCGCCGUCCUCUGCGUCGAAAGAUCCCCGCGCUGCUGGCGAAACAAGGGACGAAACGGAGAGCGAACCAAACAGCUGCGCGCUCUUUGUCUGGGCCCACACGCUGUCUCCGCGGCCGACGCUCCUCGUCCGAGACAAGGAGCCCGUCGAGUGGAGCGAACUGUGGCACUACUUUCUGCGUGAGUUGCAGCGCCGCGGCGAGUUCGACACCCUGGUGCUUCUUGCCCCUGACGCCCACAACCGCCAGGACGGGGGCAUUCGCCGACUGCACACCUACGCCGCCUGGCUGGCCAGGAAGGCAAGACUCCUCCUCGCGCGUCUCCUGGUGAACGGGGCACAGACGCCGCCUUCAGACGGAGAAGACGGCAAGGCAGGCCCGAGGCAGGGACGACCCGCGGGAGAGAAGAAGCGGCCCGCGCCGGAGCCGGCGGCGGCAAAGGUGCCUGGUGCCGACGCUGCGGAGGGCCGAGGGACGGGGAACCCAGGCGCCUCGACGAAGCCGGCCACGCUGUCAGUGCACGCGGCAGCGCCGGCAGCCAAGGCCGACGGGCCGAAGCGCGAGGGCCGACGCCCCGCGGUCGGCGAGGGCGCGGAGACGCUUCAGGCGACGCUGGAGGCGUCCCCUGUGCCUCCGGAGGGGGCAAGCAAAGCGGCGAAUCGCGAGAAAGGCGAGGCGACGCCAGAGGACGGUCUGACCGCGGCCGAGCGCGAAUGGCUCUCGCCGUUCACGAAGCCGACUUGGCGUCGGUGUUCCGAGGUUCACCUUUUUCUGCUCGGGAAGGGCGUCGGCGGUCUCGCGCUUCGGCUGAUGGCGGCGCCGAGCGAAGAUCUUUGGGCACCGGCAUCCGCUGAGGAGGAGCAAGAGAUGUUGCGUUUCCACGCGUUCCUCGGUUCGCAUGCGGCGGGGCUCUCCCGAGGGUCUGCGGGGUCCGCUCGCGUUGCCCUGCGGUCAGUCGUGACCGUGAACACGUUAAACGCCGGCUCGGCCGGCCGCCCGUUUCCGCGGAAGAAUCCGCUGACGGAAGCGUUCCUGUGGAACGCCCCGGUCGCUGCGCGCUUGACGCCGGGAAGCAUGCUGAGCGCGCUCUUGGGCGCGGGGUUUUUGAAGGAGCUCAUGCACGGCGACGCCGACCGCCUUCUCUGCAACCUCGCGCAGCAAGAGAAACACACGUACGCGCACCGCGACCGCACCGGUUCGCUGCUCUCGCGCACUGACGCCGUGCUGUUUUACGGACAUCUCGACGACAAAGCGCGUCUCGCGCCGGCGAGUGUGUUGGGCAUUUGGGACCCCGUGCUUCUCGACUCGGUCGGCGUGGAGGUGCUCGCGAGGUCGCCUGAGGAGCAGAACCACUACCGCUUCAUCGACGUGGCGCAGUCUCCGAGCAACCUGCUGGGCGUGGACGCGCCCGGGCGCGACGCGGGUCGCAGAGCGUGGACAAGAGAGAGCGACGCAGUUCUUGACGCCCCGCAAAAUACUGCAGGCGGAUCAGAACGUGCGCCGGGCGGGGGCGGAAGGGACGCCGCAGACCGGCCCUCAGGCAGACGUUCGCGCGCCGCGCAACCGUGGACGGACCACCAGCGGCCAGUGAUCCCCCGGUUCCAGAAGAGUCUCCUCGUGUUUGAUCGAAAUGUGUGCAAAGUGUUGCCGAGGAAAAAGCUGUACGAGGCGACGCUCCAGCUCUUGGAGCUCGUCAACGAACACCAGCAGCCCGCGCCCUUCGUCCCUCUCCGGUUUGGCCGCCUCACAAACUACGCGACGCUGUUUGUGCAGGGGGAGAAGAUCAAGCGCCGCGGAGCCUUCUACUUGGGUCGGCGACGCGUGAACUUUGACGUCAACAAGUGGUGCCUGCUGCAUGCAGCAGUCCGCAGUCUGCAGACGCGCGCGGCGAUCGAGGCCACAGAGUUCGACAACGACAAGUCCGUCCCGCCGCAAGACUGGUACCUUCCUGCUGACGACAAGAAGACAAAGUGGACUUGA